AUGUUACUUGGAACCAGGCCUAACACGCAACAUCCUCAAACUAGCUCUAAGAGAAAGUCAACAGACGUUGAUGAAUUGUUCGAUAUAGAGCAUUUUCCACCAGUAUCCGAUAAUUACUGGGAGGACCAGAGCCAGUAUGAUCUUGGACUAUAUGCAGUUCGUCAAAUGGACGUUUCUCCAGCCUCGGUCUCUGAUAGCCCAACGGCAGCCUCUUCGAGUGUUUCUGAGCCAAAUGACAUUGAGGCCUCGCCCAGAGGAAAAAAGCUUCCCUGUGAGGAAGAGCUUGAGAACUCCCUCGCAUAUCCUUUUGAGGGAACUAAUAAUGUCGGAGCGGUUGGAUUGGACGAUAUUUUAAGUCUUCUCAAACCGGAAACCUUUAACUGGGCAGAUGAUGUCGAGGAUUCUGUUGAGUCCGAAAUGGAUGAUCUGAACAAUACACCACUGCUCUUUGUGGUAGAUUCUAUCGUCCCACCAAAUUCCUGCGACCCAAAUGCCGUGUCGAAAGAUGGCUUCGAUAUCCAGCCGAGAGUCGAGGAAGCCGAAGUGCAAGAUAUCGAUAUACUUUGGUACUACACUCCACGAGUUCUUCCUAUACUGCAUAGCCCAGAGAUCACAGCGUCGAAUCUAACUCAAUGUCAAUUCACGGGGAAGCUACUAUUCGGGGUGGAUUCCAAAGCGAAACGGGAAAUGACGCGGCAGAUCGAUCUAGUAAAGAACUGUCCCAACAUCCAUCACUUUAACUGGCUCGGGAACGCCGUGAUGGAACGCAGCUACACGUCUCCAGAAGUGUCACUAUUCGUCAUUGUGUCUCCGCCAAAGCCUCUAUUCUCAGAGCGUUUAAUGCGUCAAGCCGUAACGCUUUGGCAAGCAAUGAAGUUCGUGGAUCCCAUCCUCUAUCGUGGUGACUGGAAAGACUUGAAAUUUUCAGGGCGGGAGUUGUUGAAAGCCAUCACCGGUCAAACGUUCCAAUUCUACACUCCGGCAGGCACAUGGCAACAUGACACACCCCACCCUGACAUCCAACAACCGAUCGUUGACCCAUCGAACCCACAGUUCUAUGCCAGCGAGAAAGGGCUCCCGCUCAACGGAUGGUUGAGUGCGUUUACCAGUAAGAAAUAUCUCGAUCUAGCCAAUGAACUGUCUGAAUCGAGGGACACGGGAAGACGCAGACGCAAGCCGUUGUCCAGAAGAUCACCUCUUCAGCAAUGUAUCGCGAUAGAUUACGUAUUUUACACACCUAACGACAAGUCGGAGAAUUCCAGCGUUCUCGAACGACACUCCCAAGCCCCAGUCGCUGGACAUUUUAACGACCCCUCUCCUGCCUCGAAGAAGCGUCCCACACUAACGAGCCCUCCGCCGGUAGAAGCUGUCUACUGGCCGUAUGCCUCUCGAGUCCAUGCCGAUACGGACUUUGAACCAGCAGAUCCUCUGUGCCCAAAUUUCCAUGCAUUAGUGUUGGCCAAUUACCUCUUGAUCGCGUUGCUAGAUAUUUGGCACGGAAUGGAAUCUAUUGCCGUCCCAUGGGAUGGCUCGCGAUUAGUCGCAGCCAAAGACGGAUACGUUGAUGGAUCGUUAUCAUCACACCUUCCAAUCGAUGAUAACAGUGAUAAAGCUUCGGAAUCGUCCAGUGCGAGCUUCAGCAGAAUAGCUUCGCGCAGAAUCGAAAAGUUUCAGUUUCAAUUUCGUGACGGCAUGCCACUUUCCCGGACAUUCACGGAGCCGCACCAAGAAGGAAGGAUUCGAAAUCGCUCUGACACAAUCACUUUGCUUGGAACUGCCUACCAGGACCCUGUGAAAGACGUACCUUCUCCACCGCUGCCAGUUCAAGAUUACACGGUUGAAAAUCUCAAGGACAGGCUCAUAUAUGUAGACCGUAUUCUGCGAAACAAGCAAAGGAAGCCAUCCCCAAUCGGAACCAGAGCCUUACAGAUAUACAAAGACGCCUGCGUACGACUUCUUGACCUUGAGAAAGAGGAAGGGGAUUUGAAAGCUGCCAAAGAUAUAUGGCGGACGACAUUAAAAACAUACGAUAAAUCGCUCUAUAAUGCUCCUUGUCUGCAAGUGGCUUGCUCAUCCGACGCUCAAACCCUACAAGAUAGGUUAAUCAGCCUUCAAAAAGAUUUAUUCUAUGCUAGGUACGCAGAUAUUUUCGCAGAGCUUUGCAUACAACCGGAGCCAGGAUUUGGGGCAGUCGAAAAAUCAUACUGGAUUGAGGUUUACCGGAAACUUCAGGUAGAAGACAAUCCCUCCUACCAACGUGUGUUCAGUGGCCUACAAAGCCACCACGCAAAUCCGACGCACCUAGCCAUAUAUCGAGCUUGGAACAGGAUCGGAUUCAGUCGCAAUGAUGUGGUUCAAACUAUACACAGUUAUGUCACGAGAAAGGACCGAAAGCAUAUGAACAUUUUCCCCCUGAUAAAAAGUGGAAAAUUCGAUGACCUUAAAAAACAGCUCUAUCAUGACUCGUCUAUCAUCCCUCUUCUCAUUCACGAGAGUGAUUGGAAACUGAUCAGGCUUCUCAGCCGGGUCGUACAGUCCCUAACGGAUCUCUGGUUCGACCGCGGCAAAAUUGAUCCCGAAAACUAUCAAUUGUGGAGAUAUACGAAAGCUCUUAGCACUUUGUAUAGGCAGCUCCGCGGAGAGGAUUAUUCUGUUCCACAAAAGCAGUUAGCUUGCGAUAUUGCGAAGAAGAUUCGAAAGCGAUUACGGGACCUAGAGGACGAAGAAAAAGCCAUAGAGGGUCUUUCCAUAACCAUCGGACCGUUGCGCCCAUCAGGGAAUAAAAGGGCCAAAGCAGCAAUGGCUUUCUCGGUAUCGCAACUCCACGCAGAACGGGGUCGUGCUAUGAAGAUGACGGCAGAUUGGAAUAAUAUCAUGAACCUUGUACAUGCCGCAGAAGAUACAUUGAACUCCGCCUUUGGAAAGUAUUACGAACCCACUUCUUCUCUAGCGAUUAUACCAGAACUUGCUUCAGAAAGGUGA